AUGCCCUUCGAUGCCAAGCUGAACCUGCGGCAGCUGCAGAAGAUGCAACUCUUCACUGAGGCUGCAGAGCCCCGUGGAGGCGCUGAAGGUCUUCUCCACGACAAAAGUGCCCGAAAGAGGCUCGCAGCGGAGAUUCUUGAGCGCACGGCCGCCAAUGGCACGGAGGCUGCCUGUGGACCCACAGUCAGCUGGCUAGCGGAGCUGCGCUUGAGUGUUGAAGGAGAGAUGAUGUUGGGAAUUCCUAAGGUGUUGAUGUGGCCCUUGUGGCAAACACGGGCGGAUGUGCUGGGCAACUUCGAAGAGGGAUGCAAAGGACGAGCUUUUCUGGUACAUGAUGACUUCAGGGAGUAA